GUAACUGCCAAGGCUCUAUGACGUAACUCGUGAAAGUAUCCGUUCGGCGCGCGCGUAUAGUCGCGUGCGCCAUAGCACCCAACCGCACGCCGCUCGACCCACAAAUGGCUAUCUCAGCUCUAGUCAUCCUCCUUCUGGCUGCAGGCGUGCUGUCUGCGCCGACAGAUGAACCGAUACGGGUAGACCUGCCAGUCUACGACCAGCCGGGAGAACAAUCGUAUCAGCUAGCGGAACCUUUACAGCCGGAAAAUUAUGGGGGCUACCAAGGAAAAGCCCAGUAUAGUCUGGAACUCUUUGGAAAUAAGCAGGCUACUGGAGCACUAAAACCUGAGGUUCCGCCAGGGACUGUGAACGAGCAAGCCAGAGACGGCUGGUUUGCCGCGCCGGUGACCACGAUUGAGGGGGCCCUGCUGGAGACCGAGGGUCUUGGCAGUAAGAAGCUUUCCAUCAAGGACAAUCUUCACCAAGUCGUUGCGGGAGUCUUUCAACCGAAGCCCAUCGUGGAUACCAUAAAGGAGGAAGAAAAAUACGGCAACCACGGCGACAAAUUUUACAACGCUGGUCGAGCUGUAGUUGGCGGGGCAGAAAAUAUCUCCAACUUUAUCAAUUCAGCUAUAGAGGUUCCGCAAUCCAUCAUCAGAAAGAUCGCCAGAGCUGCAUCCGAAAAAUUAAAUAACUUUGGAGGAAGACUUAUUGGCUUAUAAUAGUGUAUCUAAGUGUAAAUGUUAAGUUAGCUUUAAGUUGGAUAUAGCGGUGUGUAUUCAUAUAACCUAACCAGAAAUGCCAAAAUAAAAAACAAGACUUUGAUUUUCAAA